CAAAACAUAUUUGACGUGGUUGUGAAGGCGUUAACAACUUGUACCUACCUUGAAAUUAUUUACUUUUAAUAGUUUUAUAAAAAACAACUAAGAAGACACAUCAUGUCCGUAGCAGUAAAAGGCAUCUUCAUAGUGGGUGCCAAGCGCACACCAUUCGGUACUUUCGGGGGUGUAUUCCGCAAUACUUCAGCAACUGAGUUGCAGACUCUGGCCAUCACGGCCGCCCUGAAGGAUGCAGGGGUUACGCCCGACAAGGUGGACUCUGUAAUAGUUGGGCAAGUUAUGGCGGCAUCUCAAACAGAUGGCACCCUCACGCCGCGACACGCCGCGUUGAAGGCAGGCAUCCCUCAGGAGAAGCCGGUGCUGGGCGUCAACAGACUAUGCGGUUCUGGCUUCCAGUCCGUCGUCAACAGUGCUCAGGACAUUUUGACUGGAGUCGCUAAAAUAUCAGUAGCGGGCGGUGUAGAGAAUAUGUCCCAGGCUCCUUUCGCUGUCAGAGGUGUAAGAUUUGGCACAGCUCUCGGGCAAAACUACGCUUUCGAAGACACCCUAUGGUCCGGCCUUUCGGAUUCUUACUGUGGCCUACCUAUGGGCAUGACUGCUGAGAAACUUGGAGCUCAGUUCAAUAUCACCAGGGACGAAGUGGACAACUUUGCGUUUAGGUCGCAGCAGAGGUGGAAAGCUGGCAAUGACGCGGGCGUGUUUAAGGCAGAGAUCGACCCCGUGACCCUGACCAUCAAGAAGAAGCAGGUGGUGGUGUCCGUUGACGAGCAUCCUCGCCCGCAGACCACUCUAGAAGGUCUCAAGAAGCUACCCCCCGUCUUCAAGAAGGAGGGACUUGUCACAGCCGGUACCGCUUCGGGCAUUAGCGACGGUGCAGGUGCUCUAGUAUUAGCCAGUGAGGAGGCAGCUAAAGGUCUCAAACCACUCGCUAGACUAGUGGGAUGGUCGUUCGUGGGUGUAGAUCCUAGUAUCAUGGGCAUUGGACCGGUGCCCGCCAUAGAAAACCUGCUGAAAGCCACUAAACUGACCCUUAAUGAUAUCGACUUGAUCGAGAUCAACGAAGCUUUCGCAGCCCAAACGCUGUCCUGCGCGAAGGCUUUAAAGUUGGACAUGGAGAAGUUGAACGUAAACGGUGGGGCCACCGCCUUGGGGCAUCCCCUGGGAGCUUCCGGGUCUAGGAUCACGGCUCACUUGGUGCAUGAACUUAGACGUCGUGGCUUGAAGAGGGGCAUUGGGUCCGCGUGCAUUGGUGGCGGACAGGGCAUCGCCGUUUUAGUCGAAACUGUCUAAAAUCGCUAUAUAAAUAAGUAUAAAAAAAUAACUUAAUACACUAUGUACACAUCUCAAAAAUAAAUCAAACCUCAAAAUGAUCAGGGCGUCUACUCUCUUUCUCCGAAACGGGCUUUCGAUAACGAAGUUGAAACGAAAUUUAAUUUCGCCAAUUUAAGGUAAUUUGAACGAUAAACUAUCAAAUUGAAGCUUCCUUCGAGUAGCCUUAGAAAAUCUACACCUCAAUCUAUAUUCCGACGACGAAUAUUAUUAUAAUUAAAAAUGAACCAGAAACAUAGUAAGAAGAGUGCGAAGUUUUGAUCGAAAUUUCGUUUUUCGUUGAAUUAGAGUAGGCCUCCAGG